AUGUGCAUACUUAGCUUCUCUAUCGUCUCGAAGGACUAUGUCUCCACAUCGUCCUCCCUCCAUUAUCGCUCCCCACCGUCCUCCCUUCAUUAUCGCUCCCCAUCCCCCCCACCUGUUGACACUCCGCGCACGGACAAGUCCCAUAGGGGCAAGGCUUUGUUCAAGAGGGUUGCCACCGUCUUUCAGAGCAAGAAGGGGCGCGAGGUGCAGAAGAAGGGAAAGCCCCAGGACGCCGAUGUAUACGUGUUUGUCGGCGACGAGAGAGACGACGACGUCCUCGUCAACUCGCCCCCGGUCCCCGCCCCGGCUUGCGUCCCCUCCCGUCCUACGAUGGCACCCUCGGUGAAUGUGUUCGUUGAGAAGUCUGUCAAUUUCAAGGUCGACGUGGACCCCACUUGUCUCAGUUCCAACACCGAUGAAAACGCGAACAACAUGCAAGAAGCCCUCCUGACCAGAGGCACUCUCCGCGCGCCAUCCGACCAGGUUCUCUCCGAAGUCUUCAUCUCGUUUCCUGCCGCCGCAGAGGUUAUUUACCAGGAGUCUCUCGCCUCUCCGAGAUAUGUCCCCGGGCAACGCGUGACCGAAACCGUCGUCAUGGGUGCCCGGCACAUAUUUGACAAGGACGGCAUCCUUAUCGACAGUAUCCCGCUCUUGAUGGAGCCUGCGAGCGACGAGUCAGAUUGCGAGGAGGACGAGCUGGAGGAUGAGUCCCCCAUUGGCCGCGUCGCGUCUGCUGCGCUCGUUGCGGACUCCUACACCCCUGUUUUCAACCGCCGCCGUGCGACGCGAGUAUCCAGAAGCUUCAUUGACCCUGGAAAUGCAUCGCUGCCGCCUUCUUCCCCUGGACUUUCUACUAAGAGGCCCGCAGAAAGCGAAGAGUCCGAUGCCGAUGUUUCCGAGAGUCAAACUGGAAUGGCAGUACCCUCAACCGACUGCGUCUUUGCAGCGGACAUUACUGAACCAUGCGCCAUCAAUAGCACAGAGGUAGGAAUCUCCUCAGCCAAGGGUGUCCCUGCAGUUACCACGGAUGGGCCACAUAUUUUCAAUUGUACAGAGAUAGCAACUUUCCCACCAGAUGGUGCCCCCGCAGUCUCUGGCCGUGAGCCCCUCGCGCGUAGCAGUAAGGAGACUGCGUUCUCUGAGCAUGAUACCGCGGAGAAGCGCGAAGAAGAUAUUCUCGCUGCCGCGUUUGGCUCCAAACUAGAUACUACCGGUGAAAUUAUCAUGCAAGAGUCGUGGGCGAAAGACUUAGUUUCCGCCAUCCCGUCCAACAGGGCUUUCAACCACGCCGUCUCACUUGCAGUCAAAGGGAGUGCGGACGCGAAGGCUGGUCCCGAAAUUUCGCGCUCCACGGCAACUUACGAGAUGGGUAUCACUGUGGUUGAACCAGCUGCUAGUGUCGCGGCGCUGACAAGAUUUGAAGCCGAAAUGAAGCAUCUGUCUACUCCAUUUGUAGAGCGCGAACAAACGGUUCUCGAGACCGUCGUGUUAAGAAAGAACGAAGAGUGCCUGAAAGACCUCGACACCGAUUUGGAAGACUUGCCAUCUCCCAUAAUUAAAUGCGAGGUCGCAGUCGAUGCCACAGAAUGCUCCAUGACAAAACAUGAAGAAAUUGCCGUACAGACUACUGACGAUGUCGUGCAAAGCGAUAUUUCCGCAAAAAUAUCAGUCUCGUCUGCUCAGCAGACAGACAGCCCUCCAGAAAUCCCCUCUCCAGAUGCAUCCAAAUCCCUCCACAAGAUUGUCGGAAUAAUUUUAUCCUUUGUUGCCGAACAACAAUUGGAACCCGCUUCUAUUCGCGCCACUGCGUACGAUGCCAUGUUAGCCCCUGAAUUCCCACACGACAAACACAAUGCACCCAUGUUUACGGAUUCCAUCUUCCUCGACCUCUUUGAGCUGGUGAAGGCAGAGUCGGAGGCCCUGGCUCGCCGACACUCUGUCGUAGAACAGCUUUUGGCGCUGCUUAAUCUGCAUGCCCCUCUUCCCCGGAUUCAAGAGCAGUCUGGUGUCCAUGAUACUCUGACGUGUCGCGCCAAUUUCUUGCAAUUUACGUCACGAACACUAGUUGAAGAACAGGCCUGGCACAAGUAUAUGGGGACUGUGCUCACCACAGUGGCCCAUAUUGCGCUCGAUGCCCCCUCGUCUGUAAAAUAUCCUACCCUAGCAGCCUCCCCCGAUAUCAGUCCUUCCCCUCCUCCUGAACCAGCAUCCGAAAUCCGUCUCACGCUGCCAAAGGAAUCAGUCUCACCGGAUGAUACGAAUAAUGCAGAAGACGAGAGAGAUAUCCAUAUACAAGUUCUGAGCCAGGAAGCGCAGAGAAAGUCGACGGAAUUGCAGAGGAAACUCCGAACAAUGGGGGAGGAGCGCGUACGCCACUCGCUGGAUGGUGCGGCGGCAUUUGAUCAGGAGACUCGAGAGGUUCUCCGGAACCUCGACCAGGACACGAAGAAUAAUGAUUCUAGUACAAAUUCUGAAGUUACGAAACGCCGAUACCAUUCUCGUUGUUCCUCUACCACUUCUAUCUCCCUGCCUCAAGAAUCAAACAAGGCUGGUGCCCGCAGAUUUUCAACCGGAGAUAGGAUCCGUCUUGGGCGAUAUAGCCCUACAGUUUCUUCCAAGAGCGAGUCGCCGAAUCAUACUUGUGCCGCCGCUGAGAAGCGACGUACUGCUUUCGACAGCUGGCUGUCGAAGCGUGCAUAUGACAAGCUUGUAGUGGACAACAAACCAUCUGCAAGUUUCUCCCCCACCAAUACGAGGUCCUCGGCGCCGCCCGUGUCUUGGAGAAACAUUUCCGUAAAUCGGACCGCCUCAACCUCGGCGCUCCCAAUGCGACCCCCAUCUACGCCCCCUACUAUCUCUGUCGCUCGCUCCGCGACGGUGGAGACAAUGUUCAACGACAAAGUUGCUACUCCAAGGAGGUCUACCUUCUCGGCCCGCUCUAAGCAAAUGCCCCCGAGUUCGCCCAGUGCGAACUUCAGACCAUCCCCGACGUCCACUGUCAGAACUGCUGCAUCUACCCCUUCGAAGGGGUCUUUGACCCAGCCCGUAGUGCGCUCGCCGUCAAAAGCAUCCGUUAUUUUCACUAGAGGCAGGGAGAACGCUCUACCCGCGUUUCCGCGUCCCACAGGACGGGCACCCGUCUUCGGCUCUGCGCUGCAACCGAAACCCAUAAACCUAAAUCAGACGAGAGGAACAGUCCCGAUUGGCACUUCGCCAGCCAAAUACCGCCCUCGGUCGUCACCCCCGAACACUAUCAAUAUCGAUUCCCCCAUCGCGGUGGCGAAGCCCAUACGCAAUAGCAGCUCACGGCCGGUCUUGAGCCCCAUUACGAACGCAUGA